AUGCGCAUUCUUGCAUUCAAUGCAAAUAACGCCUUGAACAGUGAUCACAUACCUAUAUCCAGCUCAUGGAGGUUUCCAAAGUAUCCCACUGCAUCCCCCUCAGCCGUCGAACCAACGGAUAAUCCAAAACUACACAAUCCAUUCCUGUGCAACCGGAUCCCCGCCUCCUCUCCCAAAUCAACAUUCCAACCAUUUCAAACGGUUUCCCUUGAAUUUGGCUCCGGAAAUACCCUAGCCAAAAUACCCUUGGCUAUUCAUAACGGCAGGUCCACUAGCAAGAACAGCGGCGUUCAAUUUGUUGCUGCACAGAAGAUGGAUUCGUUGUAUCGACUCCAGAACAUGUGUCCGCACACCGGGAGUGCUAGAAUGCGAGUUUUCCGUCGACUUUUCCCGGUUGUCUCGCAUUCCUCCUCACGAGCAGACUGCGACGGGGCGGAUGGACGCGGCAGCCAUACAAUACGCAGAACGUUGAUGGCGCACCUUGACAGAACACCAUCACGACCCUCUUCCUCUGUCCGAGUCUUUGCCCGCAGACCGCAACGGCAUGAACAAUGGUCACGCUGGCGCAACAACGCAAAACAACAACGACUAUCCGCCCUUGUGAUGUCGAGUUUGCCUCGCAGUGCCAGCAGCACUGUUUUCUGCACCCGCCCCACAAAUCGAGAGGCUAGGAUGGUCAGUGGAGCAACGAUGAGUAAGCCUACACCUCACGCGAUGCACACCAGGACUCCUCAUAACACCUCCCUGUUGAUGCAGCAACAACGCGAGACGAUGACACGUCUUCAUGGAAACGGUGUCGGCGUUCCAGGGAUCUGCCCCGCCCUCUCGUCGCCCACCUGGUUUUGCGAAUCUAAACGCGCAUGA